UGGUGGCCACGGGGGGGACAGAGGCGACCGAGGCUGCAGCGGCGGUGCGAGCUCCUGCGGCUCAAGUACCCGCGCGAGGAUUUCGUGGUGAAGGUGACGCUGCCCGACGUCAUGGACUUCAAGUUCUACCGCUUCUCGCCGCGCAUGCUCGUGUCAGAGGCCCUCAAGAAGAUCAAGGAGCGCAAGCGCAUCACUUCCGUCCCCCAGGAGCUGUUGGGGCUCUACCUGCCACCGAAGGACGACAGCAACGACGGCGUGUGGAUGGAUCCCAGCUAUCCGCUCUGGAUGUACAACCUCUCCUACCAGCAAGUGGUGGAGAUCAAGGCCCGGCCCGGCCGGGACGACCCCAUCCACCGGCAAGUGUUCCUCCGCGUCCUCAUUCACGACGCCGACGACCAGAUUAUGACUCGUACGUUCGGGUUUGAUACACGGCACAGCGUUGGCCAUGUGCUGCAGGAGAUCAAUCAACGGGUCCCGCCCGCCUACGGCUCCAGCAAAGCUUCGCGAGUGCACUACGGCCUCUACCUCUACAACAAUACGCACGGGAUGUGGUUGCAGGAGAACAAGCCGCUGUCCUUCUACAACAUCACUCACAUGGAUAUCGUCGGGUUCAAGGAAAAGUCGCUCUACCACUUUCGGCUGGAGGGGUUGCCGGAGGCCGACACCAACACCCUGCUCCUACCGUGCGACAUCCCCAUCAAGGACGCCAUCACUCAAAUGGCGGUCUCGGUGGGCUUGGAGCGGGCAGCCGCCGCUGAGUACGGCAUCUGGGUGGAGGGUCGAGGGACCUUCGCUGCGGUGGAUAGCACCAUCGCGGCCUAUAGCCUCGAGCCGGGUGAUGUGCUGGUGCUCAAGGGGAAUACAGACGCCGGAGGGCAGCGUCCCGGCGAGGCUCGUGGGUACCGCCUAAAGCUCAUCAAGGCCGACCCACCGGCCGAAGAGAACGCGAAGGAAGAAAGCCGAGACAGCGGAGGGUUCAGAGAGUUCGCGUCCUUCAAGCUGUUCCCUCGCCUGGAGGGAGAGGUGGUGGUCAAGAUCAUCGCCAACGCCUACUGGGCGCCGCCCUAUAUCAAGGACGUGGAUACGGCGGGAUACACGGGCGAUCUGUACAUCACCAAUUAUCGUCUGGCCCUGUUCGUACCCACAUUUGCCUUCUCCGCAUCGGAGGAGGACACCUGCUUGGCGGUGACCCUCCCGCUGGGGGCCAUCUCGCGCGUCGAGGUGGGCAAGCAGAACAACGCGCGCAAGUACUACGUCGAAGUGCACAGCAAGGACUUCCGUGCCCUCCGGUUCCUCUUCGGCAGGACCGAAAAGCACCAGCGCGACACUCUCCAUCGAAGCCUUGUCGAGAGCGGCCAGCUCAUCGACGACUACUCCGCUGCCCCGCAGAUGAGCGACAGCGGAGAGUUGAAAUCGAGGGCGAAGGCGGAAGCCGAUCGGGAGCUCGGCGGCGGCCUGUCCGAUCGAGCGGGAGACUGCGAAGACGACGAGUGGAAAAGCGAGGGCUGGCGCAUCUUCUCCGCUCGAGCUGAGUUUCAGAGAACACCACCCGUUCAACCACCCCACAGGCAGGGUGUCCCCAACAGCAAAUGGCGGCUGACGGACGUCAACAAGGACUACGCCCACUGCGAAAGCUACCCUUCCCUGCUGGCCGUACCCGCGGGCAUCUCCGACGAAGAACUCAAGGAGGUGUUCGCGUUUCGCAGCAAGGGGCGGAUGCCGGUGGUGUGCUAUCGGCACACCAACAACGUCGCCAUCGCCCGUUGCAGCCAGCCUCUCGCUGGCUUGACGCGCACGCGCUCGAUGGCGGACGAGAAGCUCUUCCGGCUGAUGCUCGACAACAGCCUCGGAGGGUCGAGCGCGGGUUCCGGUCAAAAGCAGCUGUACAUAAUGGACGCGAGGCCGCGAGCCAAUGCCUAUGCCAACGCUGCCAAGGGCGGCGGCAUCGAGAACCUGCAGGGAUAUCCCCAGUGCAAGUUUGAGUACUUGGGCAUACCCAACAUCCACGUCAUCAGAGAAUCUCAGAGCAAGCUGAACAGCGUCUGCGUGAUGGCUGCCGGCGAGUGCGAGGGAGGAAUACUCUCCGCCCUGGACGCUUCUAAAUGGAUCGACUACAUCAAACUCAUCCUGGAGGGCGCCCUCAAGGUCGCGCGGUUGGUGGAGGAGGAACGCUGCCCGGUGACUCUGCAUUGCUCCGAUGGUUGGGACCGGACGGCUCAGCUCUCCUCGCUGGCCCAGAUCUUCCUGGAUCCCUACUUCCGCACCACCGUCGGGUUUCAGGUCCUCAUCGAAAAGGAGUGGCUCAGCUUCGGGCACAAAUUCUCCACUCGCUGCGGCCACGGAGACAAGAACCACCAGGACUCGCAACGCGCACCCAUUUUCCUGCAGUUUAUCGAUUGCGUGUGGCAGCUCACCCAGCAGAACCCGUGCUUGUUUGAGUUCAACGAAAAGUUCCUCAUCGCCAUUCUUGAGCAUCUCUACUCGUGUCGAUUCGGCACGUUCUUGUGUGAUACGGAGAAGCAGCGGGCGGAUCAGCGAUUGAAGGAGAAGACAGUGUCGCUGUGGAGCUAUACCAACUGCGAGCAGAAUAGGCGGGAGUACCUCAACCCCUUCUACGUGCCCGACAUGUCAGUUCUCUUCCCCGACGUCUCCUUCUUCUCGCUUUCCCUGUGGAAGGGCUACCACAUGCGGCACCUCGUACCGCCCAGCUUGCCACGCCUGACCCCUCAACUGCGGAUACUGCAGCUACAAAAUGUGAUCGAGGGGAUGAAGGAGCAGAUGGUGCGACUGGAGAACUACCGCGAGAAGCACAAGCAGCGCAAGAACGGCGACCUCGUCGCCAGCCGUGAUGGCACCCGUUCCAACGGAGGAGCCGAGGACGACCGGCCUCUGAGCGGAGCCGACCAGGGCGAGGCAGACGACGGCCAUCUGCUGGAGGAGACCCAGGCGACCAACAUCAUGCGAGGCAGUGCCAACGUCAUGGGCGCCUUCUGA